AUGGCGAGAGGAAGAAUGGAGAGAGGAAGGAUGGAGAGAGGAAGGAUGGAGAGAGGAAGGUUGGAGAGAGGAAGAAUGCAGUCUGUAGAGAGAAAGGAUAGAAAGAGGAAGGAGGAAGAGAUGAAGGAUGGAGAGAGGACGGAAGGAAGAACUCCACUACAUUAUGCAUCUGCUCUGAAAGGAACAACCCAGGGAGUGAACAAAUUAUUUGAUUUCCUGGUAGAAGCAGGAGCUGAUGAAAAUGUUGUUGAUAUUCAAGGAAAACCCCCGCUCUAUUACAAGGAUAAUCCUAAAAGUAUUAGAACACGAACUGUUGGCAGCAGGCGACCUCCUCCUGCUUCAACUCAUCUAUUGAAAGGAGAUCCAGAUUCAGCAACAUCCCCCAGUAAGUACCUUGCUUUAUUCAGUAUACCAGGACAACAACUAAGUCCCAGCUCUAAACCUGAAGCUCCAGGCUUAACCCUGAGUUUAGGGGAUCAGGAUAUAACAAGGUUCGGAUCACUGGAUCAGGAUGUGCCAGGGUUCGGAUCCACAUCGGAAGAGGAAGUACAAACAAUUACAAAGAGGAAAAGACUGAGAAAACGUAAAAGUAGGAGGGAUCUUCACAAAUCUGAACCUGAACCUGAACCUGAAAAAGAUCCCUCACCCAGGAAGAGCAAAGAUAAAACAAAUGACGCCCUGAAGAUAAAAACACCUCAGAAAACCCCGAAAUCAAAAAAAAAAUCAAAAGUUCAAUCAACCAUAAAUACCUCGGAUCCAACACAAGUUCGAAGAGACAGUCAACCCCGGAAAUCUCUAACUAGCUACGAACUAAAAGAUUAUUUAAGUAAGAAAAAAAUCGCUACAGAUUGGAACACUGUGAGCACAGUGCUGGAAACUGUGAAACGACUUCAAGACGGAACUCAAGCAGAUGAUAUUGAUGAGGUUGAAGGAAGUCUGACAAGUGCCUCCACUGUCCGAUCUAUUGAUAAUCAAGAACAUCAGCCUCCAAAACAACCCUUCAGCAAACCUACAUCUAAAAAUCCUCUGCUAGCAAAUAAAUUUCGCGAGACUGUUUUUAAAAUGGUUGCAAAGACGAGUGUGCCAAAAGUAAAGAAUAACGAUGACGAAAAUGUCUGCCAAGUCUAUGACGCUGUGACCAAAUCAAAUGAGGAUUUUGAAGCUCAAAUUCGUGCCAUGAAACAUAUCCCUCCUCCCAGCAAGGAAACUAAGAAAAUAAAAAUUCCUAGUACACAAAAAGUGGAUUCGACCAAGAAGAUGGGUCUCCCUCCUAUAGUUGUUCAGACAGGAACCCUAAACAAGAAACAGAAGAUACCUCCGCAGUUUACAGCAGAAUACGACAAAAACGCAGAUUUAGAGUUUUACAGUGAUUUUAAGUUUACAUUUAUACCGCUACCAAUUCCCACCGAUGAACUUCCACUUCCUCCUCCUAACCGAGCCUACCUGAGAACCCUGAUUCACAACUCUGACCUAGAACACCUAGAGAAGGUCGUGUUAGACGGACAUGGUCAGAGAUUGUUGGGUGAAACUACAGCAUUUAAUAAUGUGGGAAAAUUCUUACAAGCUCUUCCAGAUCUUAUGGAUACAAUCAGUAUUCUGCACAACGCUACAACAUCAGGAGUUGUCCCUGUGGUUUCUGAACUAAUGUCUAGCGAAAGAUUGGCUCUUUCCAGGGACCAUUACGGAGCUACUCCACUUCAUAAGGCUGUACUUUUUUACCAACCAAAACUGGUGAAAUUGAUCUCAGAAAAAUUCAGCUUAACGACAAAGGCUAAAGACCAGGAGGGCAGAACACCUCUUCAUUAUGCAGCAGGACUUCAUGAUAGUGGUAUAUUUUACAGAUAUUUACUAAAGUGUGGAGCUGACGAGCUAAUUCAAGAUAAGUAUGGAAGGACAGCCAAGCACUACGUGUAUGCUCCACAAGAUAUUGACCUCAAUGCGCUGGUCAGACGAUGUCAGGAGAUGCCUAGGAAGAGAGAGCACCAGGAGAAGAAGAGUUACCAGAUGCCAGCUCCUGCUCCAGGUUCAGUUAAUACACUGGAGAACGGAGUUUACUCUCAUGCAAGCGAACCUAGAGCUGUGACAACCUCACAGAUCAGAGGUUUAAUACGGUCAGCAAACCUAGAGCAGCUCGAGCAGCUUAUCAUGGAUGGACAGGGGAGUAAGCUGGUUGGGGAAAAUGCUUCAGAUCCAAAAGUUCGCGCAUUUCUCAAAUCCGUUCCUGGUCUAAUGGAAAAAAUAGAGUCUCUCCAUCUAGCGGUGAAAGAAGGAAACUUGAAACAAAUCCAGGAAAUCCUUGCAAAGAAAAAGUUGCAAAAUUCCAAGGAUGAGAACGGAGUUGGAAUUCUCUCAAAGGCAGUCUACUACAACCAAAAAGAGGUUGCUGACUGGAUUCUUGAGAAGUAUCCUGAUACAGCGAAUAUUAAAGACCAUGACGGGCGCAUACCACUGCACUUCGCUGCCGCAACCUCUCCUCAACUUUACUCUCACCUCAAAACAAAGACGACAGACCCAGCUUUAAUGGACAAUUUUAAACAUAACCCAGAGUACUACACCACCCACCCGGAGCAAGUAAGUGUACUCGAACCUACUCCAAAAGUUAAGGAAGGGAAGCAACAGGAACAGAAGGAGCGGAGUAGGAGUAGAGGAGAGAAGGACAGAAAGAAAGAAAGUUCAGAUACGGAAGGUUCUGGGCCUAAAGAACCUAACUUUAAUCCUAGAGUGAAAGGAUUGGAGAUAAAUGAUGUUAAUAUCCGGACAUGGAUUCAUAAUAAUGACGUGGAAGCCCUGGAGGAGGUUGUGAGAUUAGGCCAAGGAAAUAUCUUAUUAAAGCAUUCAACAACACAGAAGAGCUCAAACAAGUUCCUGAAACGGGUUCCCAAGAUUUUGAAUGAUGUGAGAGACCUCCAUACAGCAACAAUAGAAGGAGAUUUGGAAACUCUAAAGAAAUGUGAUCCAAUUCUUUUAAAUCAUAAAGACCUUAAAGGACUCACUUCCUUUCAUAAGAGUAUCGGACUAGGUAGGAAGGAUAUCUCGGAGUGGAUUUUAGAAAAGGGCGGAGAUUAUUCAGUCCAAGAUAUUGAAGGUUGGAGUGUUCUCCACUAUGCAGCUGUAGCUAAGGACCCUGAGCAUCAACUUUACCACUGGUUGAUCAAGGAAGGAGCUAGCCUGGAAAUCAAGGAUAAGGCUGGAAGAACUGCAGAGGAUUUAUUAAACAAUCAGACAAUCAGAAGAUAUACUGCUAAACUUAAUCAAGUUCCUGAAGCUCCGAGGAUGGUUCCGUCUGGGAGAAAGAGUCCUGAUAAAUCAGGACCCGGAGCAAGACGAACUGUUAAGAACGGAACCGGGGAGAAGAAGAAGGGGAAGGUUGGGACGGAGAAGAUAAAUAAACGUGGACGGAGAGAUGUAAACUCCGGAUUGAACGGAAAGGUUGGAUCGGAGAAAAGAACUCCAAAAAAAUCUGGAACUGAUAAAUUAUCA